AUGUGUGUCUUCAACCAACCAUACCGUAGCUACUUUAAUCCUUAUAUGUUGGAUGUGGAAAAUUCUGUGGAAUUGGAAAAGGAUUUGAUUAAAAGAUUUGGUUUUUCAGGAAACAUGCCUCCAAGACGGGCACCUGCUGCUCCUGUUACCGAAGAUGAUCGGGUUGAGCGUAUGGCUAACUCGAUGAAUGUGAUGGCGGCUGCCAUAACAGCUCAGACUAAUGCAAAGACCCAAAGAGAUUUGGAGAAGCGCGAAAGGGAAGUCCAUGCUGCGGGGACUCGUGUUCUUACAAGUUUCAACCAUCAGAAUCCUCCAAGGUUCCGUGGUGACGGAGGACCUGCUGCUGCUGAUUUAUGGCUUCAGGCCAUUGAGAAAAUUUUGGGGGCUAUCCAUUGCCCGGAAGGAGAAAUGGUGAACUUGGCCACCUACCAAUUGCUAGGGGAUGCUGAAUAUUGGUGGGGCAACACCAGUCUGCUAAUGGAAGCUGCAUUUGAGGAAUUCUCAUGGGAGAAUUUCAAGAGAAAAUUUCUAGCCAAAUAUUUUCUGGAAACAGCUAGGGAGAGGUACGGGGAAGAAUUCCUGAAACUGACUCAGGGAGGUUUGAACGUCGAGGCCUAUGCCAAGAAGUUUGAAUCGUUGUCUCGACACUUCCGUUUCUUCAGGGAUGGCAUAGAUGAGUCAUACAUGUGUCGUCGAUUUCAAGGAGGGCUGAGGUACGAACUGCAAGAUGCAGUGGUGCCGUUGGGGAUUCGACAGUUCCAGGUGCUUGUGGAGAAGUGCCAAGAGAUAGAGGACAUGAGGAAUAAAAGGGUAAAUCGUCAGGGGAGUUUUGGUGCUGGGGGACCUAGCCGUCCCAGUCAUCAGAGUCAGAAUCGAGGAGGACGUGGGACUAGGCCUUACAACCGCCCACAGAAUAAUCGUGGACCACAAAAUUCUGGAAACCAAGGAACCCGAGGAAACCAAGUUAGAGAGAAGCAGACUUGCUAUAAGUGUGGUGAAGAGGGGCACUAUGCUAAUGAGUGCGGGAAUCCAGGAACUGCGUCAGUAUGUUUCAAUUGUCGGAAGCCGGGCCAUUUUGCUAAAGAUUGCCGUGCUCCAAAAGCGGCGCCGUCAGAGAAUGCAACACAAGGAGCUCGACCCACCGCCAAAGGAUGUGUCUACUGUAUGGGCACAGAAGUGAGUGGUCAGGCUAGCAAUGCUAUUCAUGAGGACUGUCAGAUAGCAGGUAACUCUUUGACUGCUUUGAUUGUUACCGGAGCAACCCACUCCUUUAUAUCUUUGGAUUGUGCAAAUCGCUUGAAAUUGCUUGUUUCUCCGCUGCCGUUUGAUUUGAAUGUUUCUACUCCUGCUAGAGAUUUGGGAUUUUCUGGUCAAUUUGAUAUGUUUGCCCCUUAA